UUUUUUUUUCUUUGUAGGACUUGAUAUUCACCGAGAAUCUAAACCACGAUCCCUUAUUUAUUUAUUUUUUACUUUUUCCUUAAUUUUUUUUUUUUUAAAAUGGCAACAAGACAAGACCAUGUAGUGUCUAUAGACCAAACACAAGUGAGGCAAAGAAAUAAGACACGACAAACCACCCAUUUGCCUUUCCAGUUAAUGUCUAUAUCAAAACACUGGCGUUGGUAUCAUAUGGUCACAGUGGCUAUGGUUAUCUUGUCUUGUAUUGAAGUCAUUGUAUUUAUCAUCAGUACUUUUCUAUUGAUACAUGCUUCAGAUCCUAUUCGUUUUGAUAUUCAACAUUAUCCGAUCAUUGAUUAUCAGCCACUGGACAGAACAACACCCAUCACACUGACAUCCAACAGUACUGUCUAUCAUGUCACUAAGGAAUUUGGCCCUGCUACCAUGGGUGGCAUGGGUACUGUUCUAACAGCUAUCACGCAAGCCCAACUCCGUACAGGCAAAAUCACACCGUAUGUGGUACUCCCUUUUUAUUCAUUCCUAAAAGAACAGGAACAAUACCCCAUUAAAAAGACAACUACUUUAAUCAUACCUAUCCGUGAUACAAAAAGCCGCCUGGUACCUGUCAGUUUUCAUGUGUCUGAAUUACAAUACGAUUUUCAUCCUGUGGCACAUUUCAACCGACUAUCCGAUGAAGAAAAACAAGCGAUUCGAGCAGAAAAGAGACCUACCAUCACUGUUUAUUUGAUUGGUCGUGGUACAUGGAGUCCAUUCACAAGUGCAUUUCGAGCCCAUCGAGUGACAGACAUUUAUAGUUCGCCUAAGAAACUACCUCAAGAAUGGAAAGAUCUGUAUUUUGUGAAGGCAACAGCUGCCUUUUUAGCAUGGAGAGCAACAGGAAGACAAGAACAAUCGUUAUUUGCACCUUUGGAUUCAGUACCUCGAGUAGAUACGGUGCAUUUACAUGGUGCUACCAAUGCCUUUGUGGCUCAUUUCUUAAGACAAGAACAAACAGGGCCAGUGCCUCCUGCGAUUGUGUAUACGAUGCAUGAUUAUCUAGAUGAAUUACAGUACACCAACACGAUAGCCAAUGUGAAGAAAUUCAUGAAUAGGCCUGACCAUGGUGGUGAUGUGGAUAAGGCAUUACAUGCGUUAGUCGAGCCUUAUCGUUUUCAUAGUAAGCGCGUGUUUAUGUCUCCCUUGGCUAUCGAUACAGCAGAUGCAGUGACCUUUGUGAGCGAGACCAUGGCCAAAGACAUGGUGGAAGGCAGAUUACAAGUCUAUUUAAAGGAAGUCAUGAUGUCCAAUCUACUUGUGCGGGCAGAGAAUCAAGCAUUUUAUGGUAUCAGUAAUGGCCUGGAUUUCAGUGGGGCCAUCAACCCAUUUACUGAGUCUCAAUUGAUAGAGGCAGGAUUAGAUUAUCCAACUUAUGCACAGUCAAUCAUUCACCAAAAGCUAAAACAUGUCAGAGAUGGCAUCACCAAUCCUACUUUGGCUAUCCAAUCCUAUGCAUGGUCUUUUUCAACACAAAAGAAAGAUUACGUGAUUGAAGCCAAACAAAGAGCCAAACAAUUCCUGAUAGACCAUGGUCUUCUUCAACCUCAGGAUAUCCAACGUCCUCUUGUGUUAUUUGUCGGUCGAUUUCAGUACAAUAAGGGACUAGAGACAUUCGAGGCAGCAGCCCGCUUAUUUCAACAACACAAUAUGAAGUUCGUAAUUAUUGGACAACCCAACAACUAUCCUCUGGCAUGGGUUGAGCGAUUAGCUGCUCACUAUCCAGACCAUGUUGUGUUACUCAAGACAAUAGAAGAACAACGUCAAUGGCUGAUCUACGUAAGAGCAGCAGCCGAUAUGGUCUAUGUGCCUAGUGUUACUGAGAGUUUUGGUUUGGUGGCUGCAGAAGGAUUGAUGUUUGGUUCGUCUGUGAUUUCGACAGGUGCCGGAGGAUUGUCCGAGUUUCUGAUCCGUCGUACCAUUGAUGAUGAUGCGCCCGCACCCAUUGUGUCCGAUAUUCAUGUUGAAAGUAGAUACAUAUCCAAUGCUUAUUUGUUUGAUAGAACAAGUCAACUUGCCAUGGCUAUUGAACGUGCAGCUGCGGAUUAUGAACAGAUAGCCAAAUCACCUUUAUUGCAUGAAGAAUACGUGCUUCGAAUGAUGCUGAGUGCCUAUAGUCUAGGCUGGGAACGCUCAGGAUAUGAUCAAGGUCCAGUAUAUGACUAUUUAAGAGUGUACCAGCAAGUAAUACAGGAUAAAAAAGCCAAAAGUAAAUUUGACUGGGAAGGAGAUGACCUUUCAUCAUCAUCAUAAUAAUAAUAAUAAUAAAGACACGUCGAUUAUGUAAGCAAUGACGUAGACAGUAAGGAAAAAAAGAAACGCGUCUACACGAUGACCCUUUUUCUGUAUAUUAAGUAUGCUUGUUAAAGUGAAGGUAAGAUACUAAACAAGUUUACGUAUUCUUAUCUAUUGAUAGACCCUGACUGGUAAAGAAGUAUGCAUUUCCCUUCCUCUUUUAAAAGUUCUUAACAAAAUGAACCAUAGAUUGAAAUUGAUAUUGAACCCAAUGACAAGAUCUCCCGUAUCAAAGAAAGAGUAGAAGAAAAAGAAGGCAUUCCUCCUCCUCAACAACGUCUUAUUUACAGUGGAAAGCAAAUGUAACAGAAAAGAAAGCAAAUAUAGUGUUUUAAUAGAUUAAAUAAUAGGGCUGAUGAGAUGACAGCUACACAUUAUGGUAUCGAAGGUGGUUCUGUUCUUCAUUUAGUGUUGGCUCUUCGUGGUGGCCAAUCAUAUGUAUAAUAAAUGAAUCGUGG